UGAAGCAUAUUCCCAGUCUGAUGAACAAUAUGCUUGCCAUCUUGGGUGCCAGAAUCAGCUACCAUUUGCUGAACUGAGACAAGAGCAAUUGAUGUCCUUGAUGCCAAGAAUUCAUCUUCUUUUCCCUCUGACGCUGGUGAGAUCCAUCUGGAGUGACAUGAUGGACUCGGCACAGAGCUUUAUUACUUCCUCAUGGACCUUCUACCUUCAAGCAGAUGAUGGCAAAAUAGUUAUAUUCCAGUCAAAGCCAGAAGUUCAGUAUGUUCCACAAGCUGAUCAGGAAACUGGAGAGCUGAAAGAAUCUUCCUCUUAUCCACAGUCAGGAGGUUUGCUGACCCGCGGCAGAUUUUUUGAAGAGGAAGAAAAUGAUAGCUUUUUAAAGUGUCUUUCCAUAAAUUCCAGCUGGAUUUUGACCACUACGCUUGUCCUCUCUGUGCUGGUACUGCUCUGGAUUUGUUGUGCUACUGUUGCCACAGCAGUGGAGCAAUAUGUUCCACCUGAGAAACUCAGCAUCUAUGGAGACCUGGAGUACAUGAAUGAACAAAAACUGAACAGAUACCCAACUUCUGCUCUUGUUGUGGUGAGAUGCAAGAAUGAGGAGCAUGAAGAAGCAGGACCUCUGCCUACAAAAGUUAAUCUGGCUCAAUCAGCAAUUUAAAUAGCUUUUUAAAAAUGAAUUUAAUAGACUAAUUCUAACAGUGCUAGCAAAUCCUGGUGUGUGUUGGUUUCUUCAGAUAAGGGGCUUAGCGGGCAGUGUUUUAAAUGCAAAUAAAGUUACACAAUCAACAAAUUUGUCUGUCAUGGAAUCCUGUUAUUUCAGGUAGUCAUGAAAAAAAUUGGACAUUUUGAAUUUGUUUCCAAACAUGUGCAACUGCUUUUUACUGGUGUAUGCGGCUUGUCCUUUUUGCUUACCAAAAAUAUGUAAGCAUGCUUUUUGUACUUCUACCAUGACACUUUCAAUCAAACUCAUUUCUGUGUUCUAGGAUAUAAUGUGUAAAUUCAGAAUUAGCUCUGUAAAAGUAUAAGAAAUCAAAGUGGACAGAUGCUUUUUUUAGUUUUGCAUCUUCGGUUGUAGUUAACUGAGGAAAAUAUUCAUUAGAGAACUAUUUGCAGAAAUUUUGUAUUUGUUAACGUCUGUGCAGGAACAACCCUUUUUCCAAAAAUAAAUCUAUUUUUUCUACAGUUGUGUCAAUAUCUGACAUGCAGAGAGCAUUAAUUCAGUACUGCAAGUUAGAACCUGGACUUUGUUUGAAAUGGAAAUGCUUAUUAAGACUGGUAGACGCAUCCUUUUUACACACACAGAUUGCAACAUGCUUUUCAGCUCUUGUCAGACUCUACCUUAAAUUCUUUUGGUUUUGGUUACACUUAAUUCUAUUUGCCAAAAUGCAUUGGUUCCUGAAAACUGGAAACAGACAUAGAAAAAUAGUACUGUGUAGAAAACAGUGACUGUAAGCUUUUUUUUCUUAUUGACUACAAACAAUUUGCUAUGAGACUUGUCUACAGCAUCCCCCUCUGCAUUAGGAAACAGCUCUAAUUCAACAACUUGGGGAAAUUAUUAUGAGUAUUGUAAUCUCUCAUUGUCACCCCAAUUCUGUGCUUUGAUGUAACAACUUCUGGGUAGGGACUGCCCGUUAGACUUCCAUAAUUAAGGGUCUGGCAGGUCUUAUCAUUUUAGCCCUGAAGUAUUCUGUUUUCUCUGCAAAUUGAUAUAUGCUUGCCUUCAACAUGCUGGUUUUGCAGUUUGUGGUCUGCUGACAGCUACACUUGAAUUCUGGAGAGAGAAACAGAAUAUAUGUGCUGGUUUUAAUUAGAAUCGGUCAAGAGUUUAAGAAGUGUCUACAUGAUCAGUACAGAUUUGUGCAUUUAGUUAGAUCAUGCAUCAUGGUUCCAUUCUUAGAAUAUGAACCCCCAUAUAUGUUGUGGCUUUUGCUAUGGAUGUGUGUGAAACACUAAUACACCGUGCUGCUAAAAAAAAAAAUUCUCUAAUGUCUGCAAAGCUAUUUGCACCUUUAAUAGUUUUUCCUCAAGGUGUAAGAAUGGAUCAGGAAAUGUUCAUGUGCUUCAGCAUGCAAAAUAUCAACUUUAAAUCAAAUGGUGCAACAACUUCGGGUGCUGUAGCACUGAAAGAGGUACUGAUUGAGAAAUGUUAACUCUAUGCUGAAAUGCUGUCAACAUGUCUUAAAUAUUUCUAUCACAGGGUUCUCAAACGGAUACUGUGAAGGCUGAUUGCACAGUGCUUUGAAAACAUGAACUGUUAUGAUGCUGGGAAAUUGCUCUAUCUGCUGUAGUAACUCAGUUCUGAGAUGUGUAUUUUAUGCAGUUAUGUACCUAAGGCUUCAGUAAACAUCCUUGUUGAAUGGGAUAUGAUAGUACAAGAAGUGUUGAAUGUUAAUUGUGCAAUGGGAAUUUAAAAAUUUUAGGUUCCAAAUGCAGACUCUAUUAGUGGUUGCUGUUGGUAUUUGCGCUAACUUUGUCUGCAGUGCAGUUUCUGAAGACACUUUAGCACUCCCAAGUUUUUACUUACUGAAUAACUAGCAUUGUAAAUGGUUUUUGAAUCAAUUACAUUUUUUUCUGUAAUAUGUAAAUUCUGGAAAAUAAUGUUUAUAAGCUCUCUGAAUCUGUCCAAUUGCCAGUUUAAAUACUAUGUAUAGCAUAGCUUCUGCUAUGUCAGUGACUUAACUUUCAUGAGUGUAAAAUGGUCUUCUUUGUCUUUCUGAGGUGGUUGAGUUCAAAAGUUACUUUUAGUUCUUGUAUUUGGAUUAAUUUAAUAGAUGUUGAAGUUUUAUUUUGAGCUGUAAUAUCUGCUUAAACUUCUGAACCGAAAGGGGGAAAAAUUCAAAAAAACAAAUAAAGUUUUAAAUUUUAGUCCUUA